AUGGGUUUCGAAGACUACCUCUCGUCGUCUUCUUCGUUCGCUUCAUCUCCUCUGCGUCAUCUCCAGCGUCCUCUCCUCAGCGUCGUCUCUAAUGUCCUCUCCUCAACGUCGUCUCCCUCAGCCACUUCUGGUCGUCUCUGCUCUCUCUCUCCUCUCCUCUCUCAUCUCUCAUCUCUCAUCUCUCAUCUCUCUUCUUCUCUCAUCUCUUCUCUCUUUUGA